AAUUGUCCAUUUGAGCUAUUAACUGUGCAAUAGAAAAAUGAGGACUUGCCUUGGGUAGACUUAUUCGCCAGGUUUGACUGGAAAUUAAGCCAGAAGACAUGGCCUCAAUUUUUCUUUCUUUUGGUAAGCUUAUGUUGGAUCAUUGGACUGUCUUUUGAAGAGUUGAUUUCCACUUACUCAAGCAGAUCCUACUUUCUGAAAACCAAUCCAAUGGUUCUUGAUUAUAGCACAUGUCGUGCCACUCUUUUCAUGGUUAGUCUCCUCAUCUUUUCUUCACAUCAUCUGAUUAGUGGGCAACCUUCUCAAACUUUUAUUAACAAUUCCUCCAUUUCCUGGAUCAACAGCCCCUCCUAUGUAGUGAAUUCAACAGAUGGAGUCAAUUUGACACCCAUCCUUCUCAGGGAAAGCAACGGGACAAGGUUUGUUUGUGGCUUCUUAUGUGAUUACAAUGGCACUGCUUGCGUUUUUGGUGUCCUUUUAUUUCCAAAUAUCGAUUAUCCUUAUAUGGAUAAUCCGAGAUUAGUCUGGUCAGCAAAUAGGAAUAAUCCAGUUAGAGUUAAUUCAACCUUGCAACUUAGGCAAGACGGAGGAAUGUUCUUGAUGGACUUAAAUGGCACUUUGGUUUGGAAUACAAACACAAGUGGAAAGCAGCUUGUUUCAGGCUUCAACUUGACAACGAUGGGAAAUCUUGUCCUCUUUGGCAAAAGUAAUGACACCAUUUGGCAGUCUUUUGAUCACCCUACUGACUGUUUGGUUCCUGGACAAAGAAUGCCUCCUGGACAGAAGCUGAUAUCCAGCAUAUCAGCAACAAACUGGAAUAAAGGUUUGUUCACAUUUGAAGUUAAAAGUUCUGGCCUUUUUGCAUACAUUGAGUCAAAUCCACGCCAAUUCUAUUUCUCAAUGCUUUAUUCGGACUUAGACGUAAUGUUUUCUAAUAAUGUGAGGAAUCUACGCAACUUGGUAUAUUUGAGUGUUUACCUAGGGAUGUUAUUCCCUUACCGUGAAGGAGAAGCUCGAUUUUUGAAAUUUGAGGCCGAUGGGCAUUUAAGGGUGUAUUACUGGGAAGGAUCAUCUUGGUCAAAGGAGGCUGAUAUAUUGACAGCCUCCAUUGGUGACUGCGGGUAUCCGACUGUGUGUGGGAAUUACUCUGUUUGUGGAAAUGGGCAGUGUAGUUGUCCUCAAACUGCAGUUGGUCAGACAAACUUUCUCCAGCAAAUAAAUUACAAGAAGCCAAAUGAGGGGUGUGUCCUUGUCACACCUGUAUCUUGUGCGCAUUCCCAAUAUCAUCUUCUUAUGGAGCUUAAGGACACGGCUUAUAUUCCCCUCUAUUUGGAAUAUAGUACCAACAAUACGGAGUUGGAAGAUUGCAAAAGGUCUUGCUUAAGCACCUGUUCUUGCAAAGCAGCUCAAUUUCGAUUUAGUGAUCCUGCUAACUCAAUGGGUAACUGCGUACUGUUGAAUCAAGUGUUUACGCUCGUGAACAAUGAUGGAGCACUCAAUAAAACCACUCUUUUUAUUAAGGUGCAGAACUCUUCUAACCUACAAGCCUCUCCAUCACUUGUGUCUUCAGAGAAGAAUCAAAAGCGUGUGGCAACAAUUGUAGGAUCCACCAUUGGAGCUUCGUUUGGUCUGCUUUUCAUGGUUUUAACUUGCUUUGCCUUUCUAUCCAGAAGGAGAAUAGGACUCGAGGAAGCGGAGGAGGAGGAGUUCCUUGACCAUGUACCAGGAAUGCCUACCAGAUUUUCCUUUGAGGAACUAACUGUUAUGACAGAAAAUUUCAGUAAGAAACUCGGGGAAGGAGGAUUUGGUUCUGUAAAUGAAGGAACAAUGAGCGAUGGCACUAAAAUAGCAGUGAAGCGUCUCCAAGGUUUCGGUAAUGUGAAGAAAUCAUUCUUAGCUGAAGUAGCAACAAUAGGUAGCAUUCAACAUGUCAAUCUGGUAAGACUUGUUGGAUUUUGUGCUGAGAAAUCACACAGGCUUCUGGUUUAUGAAUACAUGGCCAAUGUCUCUUUAGACAGGUGGAUUUUCUGCAGAAAGCAGGAACAAUUUCUCACAUGGGAUGUCAGGAAAAAAAUUAUAUCAGACGUCGCCAAGGGCCUAGCUUACUUACAUGAAGAUUGUAACAACAAAAUUAUUCAUUUGGAUAUUAAACCACAGAACAUUCUUCUUGAUCAUGAUUUCAAUGCAAAAGUAUCAGAUUUUGGGUUAUCAAAGCUCGUGGGAAAAAAUGAAAGUAAGAUAGUUACAACAAUGAGAGGAACGCCAGGUUAUUUAGCACCAGAAUGGUUGAACUCGGUCAUUACAGAGAAAGUAGAUGUUUAUAGUUUUGGAGUUGUGAUCUUGGAAAUCAUCUGUGGCCGAAAGAAUUUGGAUCGUCUUCAAGAUGAGGAUGAUAUGCAUUUGCUUAGCGUGUUCAAGAGAAAAGCAAAGGAGACACAACUCUUGGAAAUGGUGGACAAGAACAGUGAGGAUAUGCAGCUUCAUAGAGAAGAGGCUGCGGAAAUGAUGAAGAUUGCAGCAUGGUGUUUACAAAGUGAUUAUACUAAGAGGCCUUCGAUGUCAUUGGUAGUUAAGGUGUUGCAGGGUUUAGUGGCUGCUGAAACCGACUUGGAUUACAGCUUUCCAUAUCCACCAAUGACAAGAAGAGAUGCCGAAGCUAAUCAAGAAAGGGAAGCUGUCGUUGGUAUCAGCUUACCAGUUCCAUCAGAGUUAUCAGGGCCUAGGUAAAUUGCAGGUUAAGUUCCUCCAUCACUUGUAUUUCACUCUGUAACAAAAUGUAUCUGUAAUGUUAAAGUAGUAUAAUUUCAAUUAUGACCGGAUUUGUGAUUGUUAGUGGUAGUAUUUAUCAUCAGUAUUGAACAGCUAAUAAUCACACCAUACAUCCAUACCUUUGAAUUAUCA